AUGGAUCUGAUUAGCCAGUUGAGGGAUGGCAUUUUCAUUUCUCAAACUAAGUAUUUGAAAGAAAUGCUGAAGAAGUUCACAAUGGAGGAUUGUAAACUUCUGAGCACUCCAAUGAUGACCGGAUGCAAGCCAGAUAUUCUACAAGCAGUGUGUAUGGUUGCCAAGUUCCAAGCAGACCCAAAGGAGACACAUGUUGGAGCAAUAAAGAGGAUUUUUAGAUAUCUCAAGGGGACAAUUGGUUAUGGUCUAUGGUACUCUAGAAGCAAGUCUUUUGACUUGAAAGCCUACUCGGAUGCAGAUUGGGCUGGUUGUGUAGAUGAGAGAAAGAGCACUAGCGGAGGAGCUUUCUACUUAGACAACAGUUUAGUUGCAUGGCAUAAUAAGAAGCAAGAGUUAGUUUCUCUAUCUACUACAGAGACAGAGUACAUUGCAGCAUCUACCAGUUGCACCCAGGUUCUAUGGAUGAAACAGAUGUUGAAAGACCUAAAUGUGGAGCAGAAUUAG